UUGAGCAAAAGCACUGGAUCCAGCUGUUUACAGAUGGCGGAAGUGAAGUCGAUGUUCCGAGAAGUCCUUCCAAAACAAGGGCAGUUGUCUGUGGAAGAUGUAACCACGAUGGUGCUGUGUAAACCCAAGCUUUUACCCUUAAAAUCUCUGACUCUGGAAAAACUGGAGAAAAUGCAGCAAGCAGCACAGGAUACAGUCCGCCAACAUGAAAUGGCAGAAAAAGGCAACCGGCAAAUAACCCACUAA